GUCCAAGAAAUUACUUUCGUGGUGGAAAUUUGGGGAUCCUGAGUAGUUUUCUCUUUCCUGAAGCUUUUCUUUUCUUGAUUUGGUUUGUCAGAGGAGCAAGUUGACUCCGGAGAAAAGGUUAAUUUCUUUGGGCGUGGUAGAUUUGGUCAUGGCCGAAAUUGACCACAAUGACAGCAAAGUUCGAUUGUGUCAGCCAGCCCAAUGAAUUUAGUCAAAGAUCCUUCCUGAUUCUUCUUAUUGUCAUUUGGUGGAUGGAUUGAUUCUCUUUGCUUGGUAGGGAAAAAGGUUGCAAUCAUUGACAGCCAGACAUAUCUUACCGGAGACUUCGGGUCUAUGCUGAUGCAAAAAAGUUUUGCCUUCCAUAAGUAGUCCAAUCGAGUCAAGGGCGUUUGCUUGUGCUCUUCAGUUGCAACUUGCAAAGGAGGCACAACUAGUGAAAACGAAAACAUCUGUUUUACAUUUGCAAUGACUUUUAUUAGAAACAAGCUGAGUGAAUCUUUGUUUUUGUUAACGGAUAUGGAGGGUUUUCUUACUUAGUGGAGCCUCUUUGGUGGAUAGGCAUGAUUUCGAUGAUUGUAGGUGAAAUUGCUAAUUUUGCUGCUUAUGCAUUUGCUCCUGCUAUUCUUGUCACUCCUCUUGGUGCACUCAGUAUAAUCAUCAGCGCUGCACUUGCACAUGCCAUUCUACAGGAGAAACUGCACACGUUUGGUAUACUUGGUUGUGUUCUCUGUGUUGUUGGAUCCAUCACAAUUGUGCUCCAUGCUCCACAAGAGCGUGACAUUGAUUCUGUAAAGGAAGUUUGGGAUCUUGCAACUGAACCAGCUUUCCUUUGCUAUGCGGCUAUAGUAGUUGCAGCAGCCUUAGUGCUUAUAUAUUUUGUUGUCCCCCAUCAUGGACAAACAAACAUAAUGGUGUACAUUGGAGUGUGUUCUCUUCUGGGAUCACUCACGGUUAUGAGUGUAAGAGCUCUUGGAAUUGCCUUGAAGCUAACAUUCUCAGGAACAAACCAAUUAUUCUAUCCUCAGACUUGGGCCUUUGCACUAAUUGUAGCUACCUGCGUGAGCACCCAGAUUAACUAUCUAAAUAAGGCAUUGGAUACAUUUAAUACAGCUGUAGUCUCACCGAUAUAUUACGUGAUGUUUACAUCACUAACAAUUAUAGCCAGUGUGAUAAUGUUCAAGGAUUGGGACCAUCAAAAUCCAACACAAAUUGUUACAGAGAUGUGUGGCUUCAUGACUAUCCUAUCUGGGACGUUUCUUCUUCACAAGACAAAAGAUAUGACUGAUAGUCCUGGACAAUGUUUGUCCACACGACGGCCAAAGCAUGCUAGUCAGAGUGCGUUUGCAAUUGAAGUCAUGCCACUAAAAUGUCAAGAUUCUGUAGAUGAUGAGACCUUGACGUUGUCACUUCCCAAGGUUGAAAAUGGUUACCUAAAGGAAGAGCAGUUUCUUAGAUACAAGGACUCAAGUAUUGUCUGAUAGACAAUUCUUCGCCAACAUUUGGCAGGAAGCUGUUGAGAAUCAUUUGCUCUCAGACAUGAUUGAUUUGAUGUAAAACUGGAGCUGGUAGUUUUACAUCAACCUGGCCUGGGAUAGAUUGAUACUACGGAUUAUAAGUUGUCAACUGUGGUUCGCCUGUAUCUUGAUGAUGAUUUUAGCGAAGGAGCAAGCCAGAAGGAUGCCACAUUCAGGCCAAUUAAGUUCUAGUCAUCAAGGAACAUUGGUUCCAGAAAAGCAUUCGAAGUGUACUUAGAUACAGUGGUGUCACCAACUAUACUAUUUUUUCCCCUCAUUUUAGGACGUCAUGUGUUAGCUGCAGUGUGAUCUUAUCUGAUUUCUACUAGGACGACGCCAUAUAGAAAUGUCAGGCUUCAGUUUUACCUGUAAUUACCUCAAAUUGCUGCCCAGUUGUCAUUGUGUAUACUUAGUCUGUGUAAGUAUAUCAAUUCAGACUUUCUGAUAAGGGACCCCUUUGGAUAAACUGUUGAUCAUUAUAAUUCA